UCUAACACAAUACACACCGGAGAUGAGGUGAGAUAGAGAGGUUAGUUCAGAGAAAGAGGAAGAGGAAGAUAGAGAGGGAGAGAAUGAGGAGGGCGUGCAGUGCGAAGGAAGGGGUGAAGAGAGGGGCAUGGACGAGCAAGGAGGACGAAACCUUGGCCUCCUACAUCAAGGCGCAUGGCGAAGGCAGAUGGAAGGAAGUCCCCUUGAAAGCUGGCCUGCGGCGGUGCGGCAAGAGCUGCCGGCUGCGGUGGCUCAACUACCUCCGGCCGAGCAUCAAGCGGGGCAACAUCUCCGACGACGAGGAGGAGCUCAUCGUCAGGCUCCACCGCCUCCUCGGCAACAGGUGGUCCCUCAUCGCGGGCAGGCUGCCCGGCCGAACAGACAACGAAAUCAAGAACUACUGGAACAGCACCCUCGGGCGGAAGGCGCUCCCGGAGCGAGCUGCCACCAGGGUGGUCGCCACGCCCUGCGCCUCCGCCAGCUCCGGCUCCUCCACAGGGGCGUCGACAGCAGGGCUGUCCUCUAACUGCGGGGCUGGUACAAGUGCCAAGGCUGCGGGGCUGCUGUCGUCGGCCUCGGUGUGGGUGCCCAAGCCCGUGAGGUGCACAGGCGGUCUCUUCCUCAGCGGGGAUGCGCCGCUGCCCGCGCCGGUCACGCAGACGCGGGCCGUGGGUGGAGACGGAGAUGAGUGCAGCGGCAGCAGCUUGGCGGCAUCGUCGGGCGGCGGCGACUGGAUGGACGACGUGAGAGCCUUGGCGUCGUUCCUCGAGUCCGACGAGGACUGGGUCAACUCCCUGCACAUGGCGGAUUAACGCUCACACUUUUUCUCAGCACGUGCACGUUUAUCACUACGUACGAACAGGGAGCUGUAUCGAUACAGCUCCAUGCGUGUACGUAGGUUGGCUUCGUGCUGAGUACUGACUAAUCAGUAGCUACCUGUGAUGGACUUCUAAUCAUACUCACACUCUCUCGAGCUGUUUAGUGGAUGGUGUAUGAGUGGGUGUGUUCAACCGAAUAAGUGUAUGUGUG